AAUUGGCUCCACCCUACAGCAGUCCUAAUCUGUUGCUUGACUCACUCUGCAGGAGACACAUCCUACAGCGAUCAUGGGCCUGAAGCAGGCUCCGGGCUCCAGACUUGGACAGAUCUGCAUGCCGAUCCUCAUCUUCACAGUGCUGCUGCAGGCUUUUGGUAUGGCCGUGUUUUACAUGUAUUUCAACAAGGAGCUGAAGCAGAUGCAGAACAAAUACUUCAAAAGUGGCUUGGCUUGCUUCUUGGAGGAAGAUGACCGUUCCUGGGACUCCAGAGAUGAUGAGAGUAUAAUCAAUCCCUGCUGGGAACUAAAGUCCCAACUCCAUCUGUUUGUUAAAAAGAUGACUUUGAGAACCUUUGAGGAAAUGAUUCCUACAAAUCCAGAAAAGCAAUAUAAUCCUUACCUAGAGAGAGAAAAGGGUCCUAAGAGGGUAGCUGCUCAUAUAACUGGAAGCAAUCGGAAAAAAAGUACGUUGCCAGUUCUAGAUUGAAUUGUGUCCCAACAAAGGAUAAUGUCAAUGUCCUACUCCCCAGUACUUCAGAAAUGUGAUCUUAUUUGGAAAUAAGUUUGUUGCAGAUAUAAUUAGUAAAGAUGAGGUCAUAGUGGAAUAGGUUGGGUCCUUCAUAGAAUGUGACUCAUUAUUUAAAGAAGGAGAUUUAAUAAAAGAAAGACCCACAAGAAGAAGUCCUCGUGGCAGCAGAGGCAGAGAUUGAAGUGAUGAAGCUGCAAGCAAGGAUUGACAGUCCUCAUAAGAAGCUCAAGAAACAAGAGAAGAUUCCACUCAGAGCCUCAGAAAUCUGCUGACACCUUGAUUUUAGACUCCUGGCCUCCAGAAUUGUAAGAGAACAAUUUUCUGAUGUUGAAAACCAUCUGGUCUGCGACACUUUGGUUCAGCAGCCCUAGGAAGCUUAUACAGCUUUCUAUGCCAUGUUGAGGAAAUCUUUUUUUACUGAUGUCACACAGAUGUUACCAUUAAUAUUUUUUUUCUGAAAUCUUGAAGUUUAGUCUUUCAUAGUUUGAUAGUAGGAUUCAAUAAUAAUUUAAUUCAUGAAUGAUAAAGGGAUAUAAUUUUAUCUUUACCAUUUCAGUGACCAGUUGUCUAACACUGUUCAGUGGCUAGCCCACUCUUUCCCCAUUGAUUUUAACGUCUAACAUCAUACACCAAGCUCCCAGGGGGUCUGUUUCUGUGUUCGCUUCCCACCCUCCCCCGCUACCCUGCAUUGGAUUGGUUGUCAGUUCUUGCACCCAUUCCAUCCAUUUUCUAAAAAUUGUGGUAAAAUAUAGGUAACUUAAAAUUUACCAUUUAACCAUUUUUGAACAUAGAGUUCAGUAGCAUUAAAUACAUUCACAUUGUUGCACGACCUUCCGCACUAUUCAUGUCCAGAACAUUUCAUUAUCCCAAGCUAAAACUUUGUAACCAUUAAGCAAUAACUCUUCAUUUCCCUUCCUCCAGGCCCUGGUUAUCACCAUACUACUCUCUUUAUGAAUUUGACUGUCUUAGGUAGCUCAUGUAAGUAGAAUUAUGCAGUAUUUGUUCUUUUAUGUUUGACUUAUUUGAUUUAGCAUAUCUUCAAGGUUUAAUCCAUGUUGACGCAUAUGUCAGAAUUUCUUUAACAAAAUAAAAGUAUAGUUGAUUUACAA